AUGACGCGCAACAACCUGGACGAGCACCUGCGCUGGUUGUUACGCGAGAAACCUUCGCUACCGCCUGACACGAUCUCGUUUCCGCCCGUCUUCGCCUCAUUCCCGUCAGCCAGUAACUCGUCGUUCGAAGAGGAGGAGAUACAGCCGCUUGUGAGCGCCAAGAGAAGAAUUCCGACUCUUUCGGUCAUCGCAGACCCAAGUGCUGGAGGUGAAGAAAUGGCACGGACAAGAGCGCCACCCAGCGCGACGAGCAGGGCCAACACGCCUCAAAUCGCGGCCCGCUCUGGCUCGAGAGCACCAGUAGCGUCUCCUUCGAAGAUGCCACGGCAGAUGCCAAAGCCGCCCUCCCGACCGCCAGCCUCAUCUUCGAAGGACCUGACGAUGCAACGGACGCCUGUGCGCGAGCAGCCGUCUAACAUCCAAGCCAAUCCAGUAGAAUUCCUGGAUCUGACGGAGGACUUCUCCUUCUCAAAUUCGCCGACACCGGAAAAGAAGACCACAUCUAACACAGGGCGAAAAAGGAAGAGCGAAGAGUUCGAGCGCGGUUUGCGGUCAGCGCCUGUGUCUGCGAAGAAAGUAGCAUUACAGAACGCAAUACCAUUCCGGCCGUCCCAGGAAUUUCAGGAUAUUGAGGAGUGGGACAGCCCGACAAAGCAGACCGACGUCCCCUCAGAGCCUCCGCCGCCGUACUCGACAAUGGCUCCGGCGAAGGCCAAGUCCCCUGUGCGACGCCCAAGACCGGCUCCGAAUAAGGUCUCUGUGAGAGCCACGCCGCCUGUGACACUUUCAAGCAAACGUGAAAUACUAGAUUCGGAUGACGAGGACGACGAGGAUGACGACUUGGUGAACUUUUCAGGACCAUGUCGAAAACCGCCGAUGGUCUCUCCCACUCGGCGGUCGCCCGUAAAGUUGACACCAGCUGCGAAACAGGAGGAAGUUGAGACUCAGUACGAUGAGUUUCCAUCAAUCGAGGAGGACGAAGAGGUGCGGGAACCGCACGGGAUCGUCAACUAUCCGAACCUGGACCAUGCAUUUGCUACCGAGUCCAAGCCUGCCCCACGCAUCGAAGAGUCUUUUGUGAAGGCAUUACCGCCGACUUUUACGCUUGCGACACAACGACACGCGACGAUAGAGCCUCCACCAACUGCCGGUGCGCAAGAGACUUCACCUGAGACGAAGGAAUUGCAGGAUCUACUGAAGAACUUCUUUGAAGCAUCGAAAGAGGCUUCGCACAAGGUACGGCAAGAUAUCGAGAAGCAGAGGGAGAUAAUCAUCGAGAAAAUUGUGGAUUUGUUCAAUCAAGAUAUUGAGGAUCCGCAGCUGACUCGUCAGCGAUCCGAGCUUGAAGCGAGAGAUGUGGCAUUAGGAGAGUUGCAUUCAAAGGCAACUGCGUACCAAGACGUGACAAACGACUUGGCCACGGUGAGCAACAAUUUCAAAAAGGCUCUUAUCGCGAAGGAAUCUACAGAUCACAUCAAGACUGCGAGGGCAGCUGCGCGAGAGAGGCUCGAAGACGUCCAGACACGGUGCAUAUCCCUGCUUCGGAGGUGCGAAGCCGAUGUACGUGCUGUCGUCGAGUAUGCAAGAAAGGAAGCCGCUUCUAAGCAACGAGUGGCGGUGGAAUCGACACAGGUGCCACACAAUUACCUGCAGGACCAUAAGCCACAAAUUUCGAGCUCAAGUCGCAUCGCUCAGACCCAGGUUCCGCAGCGGGCGUCGCCUGGUCCAGUCUCUAACAGCAGCACUUACGCUCCCCAACCCAAGCCACCUAGUCACGCGUCUCGCCGGCAACCGAUAGGAGACGAUAGCGCAAUGUUCGACGACAAUGACUUUGACGACUUGGAAGACUCUGAUAUGAAUGCUGCGGCAAAUGACCUCUUCAGCAACCGUAUGGGCACUCCACCAAUGCAGUAUGGGUAUGAAGAAGACGACUACGGAAUAGACGACGGCGAUGAUGAAAUGCUUCUCAAGACCGAGAACGAAGUCCGAAAGCCCCAGACUUCAGCGCGGUGUCAAUCGAAGCCACCCUCUGCCAAGUCCAAAAAGCUAUCCGCGAAAGAGGAAGAUGAGCUGUACCGCAAAAACUUCUCUUACCCAUGGUCAGUUGACGUUGGCAAGGUUUUGAAGGAGAAAUUCCGACUCAAAGGCUUCCGCGAAAACCAAGUCGACGCAAUCAAUGCGACCUUGGGUGGCAAGGAUACCUUUGUACUCAUGCCGACCGGAGGUGGUAAAUCCUUGUGCUACCAAUUGCCUGCUCUAAUUAGCUCUGGAAAGACUCGAGGCGUGACCAUUGUCAUUUCACCUCUCGUCAGUUUGAUGGAGGACCAGGUCCAACACCUCCGCAAGCUCAACAUCCAAGCUUUUCUAGUGAACGGCGAAACAACACGCGAUGAACGCAGUCAUUUGAUGGAUGGACUUGAGCAGGACGAUGUCGAAAAGUUCGUUCAGCUUCUUUACAUCACUCCCGAGAUGCUCAGCAAGAGUCAGGCCAUGAUGAACAGUUUCGAGCGACUCUAUCAACGUAAGCGUAUGGCGCGACUGGUGAUCGAUGAGGCGCACUGUGUCAGUCAGUGGGGUCACGACUUUAGACCGGAUUAUACUGCAAUCGGUGAAGUCCGACGGAAGUUUCCUGGCGUCCCGGUCAUGGCUUUGACUGCCACGGCCACUGAGGCCGUGAAAUUCGACACCAUCCACAAUCUGGGUAUCAAAGGCUGCGAACUUUUCACUAGAAGCUUUAAUCGUCCAAAUCUGUACUACGAGGUCCGCAUGAAAGGCAAGGGCAAAGAGGGUAUCGAGAACGUUGCCAAUCUGAUCAAAGAGAAACAUUCGAAGCAGACUGGCAUCAUCUACUGCUUGUCGCGCAAGAAUUGCGAAGAUCUGGCCAAGACCUUAUGCGAGGAGUACAGGAUCAAGGCGCAUCACUAUCAUGCUGGACUAGAGACCGCGGAGAAGUCAGAAGUUCAGAAAAACUGGCAAGAGGGUAGAUACCACGUUAUCGUUGCAACCAUUGCCUUCGGCAUGGGCAUCGACAAAGCCAACGUACGAUAUGUCAUCCAUCACAGCAUUCCCAAGUCAUUGGAGGGAUAUUAUCAGGAGACGGGAAGAGCAGGUCGAGACGGAAAGCCAUCCUCAUGCUACCUCUUCUACGGAUACCAAGAUGCCGGGAAGCUACGCAGAAUGAUUGAUGAAAACAAGGAAAGCAGUCGGGAGCAAAAGGACCGACAACGGCAAAUGUUGCGCAAGAUGACGCAGUACUGUGACAAUCAGAGCGACUGCCGCCGAGUACAGGUGCUACGGUACUUCAGCGAAGCUUUUGACCAAGAAGAUUGCAUGAGCGGUUGCGACAAUUGCAACUCGAACUCCACAUUUGAGGAUGUUGACUUCACGAAGUACGCAAAGAAAGCUGUGAGUCUGGUCAAAGAGCUCUCUCACAAGAAGACAACCCUGUUACACUGCGUCGAUGUCUUCCGAGGAGCCCUGACGAAGAAGAUCAAAGAUCUUAAGCAAGAUAAAUUGGAUGAGUUCGGCGCUGGGCAAGACAUCGAUCGGGGUGAUGCCGAGCGGCUCUUCUACAGACUUCUGGCUGACGAUGCAAUUCGUGAGGAGAACGUGCUCAACGGAAAAGGCUUCGCGCAGCAAUACGUGGCACUCGGCCCUAGAUACCAUGACUUUCGCUCGGGCAGGGCAAAUCUUAUCAUGCAAGUCCGGACGUCGCCACUGUCGCCACGAAAGCCCAAGACGGCGCCUACAAAGAAAACGAAGAAAACGAAGACGGCGACUGCUGCCGCUCCUCGAGAAGUUCCGAUGUCGACCAUCAUCUCUUCUCCGGUCCAGCAAGCUGCUGCAGCGAAAAGGAAAUGGCCAGGACACCAAACGACUCUUCGCGAGCUUCACGCCAAUGGCUAUCGACGCGAUGAUUUUGUUGUCUCCGAUCCCGAAGACGGGGACUUUCAGGCAUCUGACGACAACGAGUCGGACGGAUCUGCGCCUCCGCGAGUGGCCACGAAAACGCGCAAAGCCAAGGCUGCGAAAACCAUGGCCGCUCCGGCGAUGUCCUCCAGAGUGUACGAACGCCUCGAUGACCUCCACCAAGCCAUCGUUGACGAGUUUCAAGCCAUUGCGGGCAAGAGAGUCAAGGAGAUUAUGGUGAAGAGAAAUCUGACGAUGGCGCCGUUUACUAAUACCAUGCUGCGGCAGAUGGCAAUCGACUUCACGGACACGGAAGAAAAAAUGCUCAAGAUCCGUGGUGUCGACGCCGAAAAGGUUCGGCUGUUUGGCAAGCACUUCACGAAGCUGGUCGGUGACAUUCGAGCUCGGUAUGAGGAAAUGGGAGGGCAGGUACCUGGCAGUGACAACGAGCCCGAGGAUCAACACGCGCAGAACGUAAUUGAUCUGGUCACGGACGACGAAGAUAACGAUGAGUACGGCAGCAUGGCCGAGGAGACGGACGACGACGGAGAGGGAGAAGAAAGCCGCUUCUUCCAGGAGACAGCUCCAGAGGUUGCCGAAUUCAACGCCAGGUUCGCUUACUCCCAGUCGGCGGGGAUGAGGACAAUGCCAGCCUCACAGCCCGGGAGGAAGAGCUCGCCCAAGCACAAGCGCGCUCGUACCUUCAAGGCCAAAGCUCACGCGGCGCACGGCAACGGCAAGGCAGGCACGGCUCGAAAGGCGUCCGGGGGUGCUGCUCGCUCGACGUCAGGUGGUGGGAUCCGGAAGAGGUCGAAUGGUGCCAAGUCAACAAACAAUCGCGGUGCAGCCAGCAGGCAGGGUGGGGCGUAUGGCAGUGCCAUCUCGAUGAUGCCAACCUGA